AUGCGGCUCCUAAACACCUCGACGCUUCAAUUCAAAGAAUUCUUCGACGCCGACAUACCCGAGUAUGUCAUACUGUCCCACCGUUGGGGAUACGAAAAGGUCUCCUUCAAGCUGAUGCGCAAAGGCGCUGCCCCACCAAACUCAGGCUUGGAAAAAAUUGAAAGAUUCUGCCAAGAAGCAAAGGUCAUUGGGUUGAAAUGGGGUUGGGUCGACACCUGCUGUAUUGACCAACGCAGUAGUGCAGAACUCUCUGAAGCUAUCAAUUCCAUGUUCAAAUGGUAUGCGAAUGCAAAGACUCUUCAGGAAUUACUCGCACCGAAUGUCGUCCAUUUUUAUGACGCCAAUUGGACAGGGAUUGGAGCGAGGUACGAGUUGAGGAGCAUUGUGGCGGAAGCAACGACAAUUGACGUCAACUAUCUUUCGCAUGUAAAUGUGUUGAACGCGAGCGUUGCAAAGAAAAUGAGCUAUGCCUCGCGCCGUAAAACAAGUCGUGAAGAAGACAUCGCCUAUUGUCUACUUGGACUUUUCAAUGUCAAAAUGCCCUUAUUGUACGGAGAAGGUGCCGAAAGGGCUUUCAAGCGAUUGCAAAUUGAGAUCAUGAAGGAGUCACAAGAUGAAUCGCUUUUUGCGUGGACCUCUGAUCAGCCUGCAUCUGGCAUGCUAGCGGACGACAUAGCAUAUUUCCAAGGAUCGGGCAGAAUCGUGGAAUAUCGCGAAGUAGACAGUGUUGAGCCCGAGGGUCCGUUUGACACCUCAAAAUCGCCGUUCGCUAUGACUUCGAGAGGGUUAGAAUUUCCAAUUCCGGAAUACCUUUCGAAAGAGAAUGGCUUGAUUUCCAUUCCGUUGAAGUGCAGCGUUGGCCCUCCAGAAAUGCAGGAGCGUGUUUGGAUCGAACUUUGCAAACACGGUGACUCCGCUGUUCGCAGUCAAUGUGGGUCCUUGAAAGUUGAACUCUACAGCCACAGUAAGGAUUCCAGUGGUCCAGUUGCGCAAGCCCCUAUGCAGAUCCUCUAUGUCAAACGACCAACUGAGGUCGACAUUGAAUACGUCCGUCUACACCACAGGGUCAAAGACGACUCUUCAUUUGCCCCUGAUCUAAUGAAAACAGCAAAGAAAAAAAUUGCUUAUAGGCGUCAGGAAGAACUAGAAGGAAUCACAGAGAAGCGUUGGUGGCGUUAUUACUGA